AUGGCUGAUACUCCUGUCUCUGCCGGCGAUCAGCCCGAGCGCGUUGCUGAGAAUCCCGACUCCGAGAAGAAGUCUGAGGAUGUGACUGUGUCGGAAGACAAGCCUGCCGAGCCUGAAGCUGCGACCGACAAGAAGACGGACGCCGAAGUUGAGGCUGAUAAGCCUGCUUCCUCUGACGAGGCCCCUGAGGCCAAGGCCGAUGGCGAAACCGCCGAAGCUGCGCCUGUCGAUGCAGAGGCUGCUGCGCCCGCGGAGGCCAACGGAACCCCUGCCUCAGCGAAGAAGUCCUCCAAGGACCGUCGCACCUCCACCGGUGCUACCCAGAAGCUGAGCCGCAAGAAGUCCCAGAGUCGCAUCACCCACCUGGACGCCAAGCCGGGCCAGACUUACCUUGCCCGCCUGCGCAGUUAUGCGCCCUGGCCUGCUAUCAUCUGUGACGAGGGAAUUCUGCCCCCCAGCCUGCUUGAAACUCGUCCCGUUACCGCCAUGCAAAAGGACGGAUCCUACAAAGGCGAGUAUGGCGACGACGGCAGACGCGCCCAUGAGCGUACCUUCCCUGUCAUGUUCUUCGAGACCAAUGAAUUCGCUUGGGUUCCCAAUACCAACUUGACUCCCCUCGACCCUGCCGAGUGCAAAAACAUCUCCGAGAAGAAUAAAAGCAAAUCGCUCGUCAAUGCCUACAAGGUUGCAUCCGAGGGCCAUAACCUCCAGUACUUCAAGAAGCUCCUGAACGACCACCAGGCCGCUAUUGACCAGGAAGAGGCCGAGUUCGAAGCCCAGGAAGCGGAGAAGGCAGCUGCCAAGGCCGCAAAGGAGGCCAAGAAGGGCAAGCGCAAGAGUAAGGGCGCCGAGACUGACAUUGAAAUGGAGGAUGCGGAUGACUCCAAGAAGUCCAAGGCUCCUUCUAAGAAGCGUAAGAAGGAUGUUGAGACCGAUGCUGAAGCGGAAAAGCCCGCGAAGACUCCCAAGUCCAACACAAAGCUUAAGUUGACCACCCCCAAGGCUCCCGCCGAGGAAAAGAAGACCCCAGCCAGCAAGGCUAAGAAGGCACCCGCCAAGAAGGGCAAGGCUGCUCCCACUGCCAGCGAGGAAGGAGACAGUGCCGAUGCUAAGGAAUCCGAAAAACCCACUGACCCAGAGGAGCUGAGAAAGAAAAAGGAGAAAGAGAGUACGCGAACCCCCUCCUCCCCCGACGAGUCCGAUCAGGCCAGCUUAUACCUUACAGUUUUGUUCCUCCGUCACAAGCUCCAGAAGGGAUUCAUCUCCCGUGACCAACCUCCCAAGGAAGAUGAAAUGGCCAACAUGGCCAGCUACUUUGACAAGUUGGAGAAGCACUCGGACUUGGAGGUGUCGAUCAUCCGUUCGACCAAGAUUAACAAGGUUCUUAAGAUGAUUGUCAAGCUCAACUCGAUUCCCCGGGAUGAGGAGUUCAACUUCCGUCACCGUGCCAUGAACAUUUUGUCUAGCUGGAAGAACAUCUUGGACGCGGACACUCCUGGCCCGGCGGACAAGGAUGAGAAGCCCGCCGUCAACGGCUCCAAGGAUGAGGAUGGCGUCGAAACUCCCAAGCUGGAGACAGAAGAAGAAAAGGAGCCCGAAUCCAAGUCGACCAAGGAUGUUGAUUCUCCAAUGCCCGACGCGGAUGAGAAGGCCCCUGAGCCUGAGACAGAAGAAAAGCCCGAGGAGGAGAAGGCAGUUGAGGAGCCCACCGAGGAGAAGACCGAGGAGAAGUCCGAGGCUACUGCUUAA